AUGCCUACUUUGCUAAACAUGCAAGAUGUUGCUUUAAAACAUAUAAUGGAUAAGUUGGAUUAUUUAUCAGUUCAGUGUCUCCGAAAAGUAUGUAUUGAUCUACGCCAAUCCAUCUUCAGAAUUAAUCCUGAAUCAACGCUAUCUGUUUUCCAACUGGAUCUUAACUGUGAUUCUAUUAUUACAACCUUACGUUUCAAAGAUCGAACAACCAAAAUAACCUACAAGAAACAUGAAACUGGAUGUUUGAUGAAAUGGACUGGAGCAGAUGGAAAAAUCAUGCAAGAUUCGGAUCAUGUGGAAGUUGCGUUGCAUGAUGCUCACCUCCUUUUAGAUUCCAAGAACUUCGGAGCCUUGGAUAGAUUCAGCUUAACCACUGAAAAUCAAUCUGAAGAUAUUUUAAAGUUUAUGGAAAACUUUGAAAGUUAUUUGAAAACCAGGAAAAAUCCUCUGAAAGUCGAGUAUUUCUCAAUGCAUGCUAGCUGUCAAAAACAUCUUUUGAACAUUCUCCCAUUCGUCAAUCCUACUGGGCUCCAAACAUUGGACAUGGACUUUUUCAAAGACAACGGGGAAAAACUGGAAGAUUUUGUUCUGGACAAAAUAGUGAAGUCUGACCAAUGGAAAAAUUCCAAAGAAUUACACUCUGCCAAACUGUUUCUUGAGACUCCUCUACAUAAUUUCAAGCAUUUCAAGAAAGUCUACAUUGAAAAUACAAAUCUCACAAUUGAUAUGUUUGAAGAAUUAAAAGAACGCUACGGAAAAAUUUUCACCUUGUGGGUUGGUCCAAUCCCUCAUGUGAGUAUUGUCGACUAUGAAACUGCUCAUGAAGUGUUUGUGAAAAAUGGCAACAAAUAUGCAGACAAGUUCCAUGCUCCCCUGUUCCAAGAAAUCAAAAAAGAUCAAGGAGUGCUAUCAACAAACGGCGAUCAUUGGCAAGAGAUGAGGAGAUUCGCAUUGCAAACGUUCAGAAACAUGGGCGUCGGGAAGGAUGUCAUGGAGUUGAAAAUUAUUGAGGAAUUGAAUGCAAGAUGCGCUGACAUUGACAAAGCCGCUGUGAAUGGAGUCACCACCACACAAGCCUCUGAAUUCUUCGAUUUAACAGUUGGAAGUAUCAUCAACAAUAUUCUAGUUGGAAAACGAUUCGAUAAAAAUACCAAAGGAGAGUUUUUGAAAAUCAAAAACGCCCUGGACUCUGCUUUCGAACUUUUCACCCCAUUUGACAUGACUGUGCCCAUCUGGGUGUUGAAGACAUUCUUUAGCAAACGUUAUAAUAAUCUGAUCUCCCUUAAUGACGAAACCACAGGCUUUGUGGCCAAAGAAGCGGAAGCCAGAUAUGCUCAAAUGAAAUCAGGACAGUAUUCUGUCGAUGAGAACAACAUUCAAGACUAUUCUGAUGCUUUUCUGUUAAAAAUCCAAAAAGAUGGAGAGAACAAAAAUUUCAAUAUCGAGACUCUGAAAACUAUGAUCAUUGACUUGUGGAUUACUGGACAAGAGACUACAACAACAACGCUAAUUUCGGGAUUCAACCAGCUACUCUUACAUCCUGAAGUUAUGGAAAAGGCUAGAGUAGAACUCAUGAAGAUCACUGAAAACGGAUCUCGUGACCUCAGCUUAUCCGAUAGACCCAAGACACCAUACCUGAACGCGAUGAUCGCAGAAAUUCAACGCCACGCAUCAAUCCUGAACAUCAACUUCUGGAGAAUCAACCAUGAACCAACUAAUAUGGGAGGACAUAUGGUGGAUUCUGGAGCAUUUGUCACCGCACAACUCAGCGCUCUCCAUAUCAACGAAACCGUUUUUGAAGAUCCCCAAAAAUUCGAUCCAGAAAGAUUCGUCCGCGAUGAGUCACUUCUUCAGAAAGUUAUACCGUUUGGGGUUGGAAAACGUGCAUGCCUGGGGGAGUCGCUGGCUAGAUCCGAACUGUACUUGAUUUUCGGAAAUCUCCUGCUUCGUUAUAAUUUCAAACCCCACGGAAAAUUGUCGACGCAAGAAGUGAUGCCGUAUAGUUUUGCCAAGAGACCAUUCAAGCUUGAAAUGCAAUUUGUGAAAAUUUGA